UUUUAUUUAUUAAUCGGGUGUUUUCUAGAGGAUCUAAACAUGUCGAGGAACGCGGAGGAGGUGAGCAAGCUGACUGAAAGUACAUACAAGAGUGUGAUGGACCAGUUCAACCCAGGACUGAGGAAUCUGGUCAACCUGGGCAAGAACUAUGAAAAAGCUGUGGCUGCAAUGAUCCUGGCGGGAAAGUUGUAUUUUGAUGCAAUGUCUAAGAUUGGGGAGAAUGCUGCAGUGUCUCCUGUCUCCAGAGAAUUAGGUGUAGUGCUGACGGACAUCUCAGAGGUCCACAGGAAGGUUCAUCUUGAGCUGGAAGAAACUUUUAAAAGGUUCCACAGGGAGAUAAUAUCCGAGCUGGAGAGAAAGACUGACAUGGAUGUCAAAUACAUGACAGCCACGUUUAAGAGGUACCAGAUAGAGCACAAGAUGAAGCAGGACUCACUGGAGAGAUCACAGUCAGACCUGAAGAAGCUGAGGAGGAAGAGCCAAGGCAAGAACGCCAACAAGUACGAGAACAAGGAGAGCGAGUGCCUGGAAACGUUGACCAGUCGUCAGAUGGACAUGCAGCUGUUCAUCGCAGACGGCUGUAAGGAGGCUCUGCUGGAGGAGAAGAGACGCUUCUGUUUCCUGGUGGACAAACACUGCAUGUUCUCCUACCAGUUCGCCUCCUUCCACGAGAAGGCCAGGGACAUGCUGACGGCAAAGCUUAACAGCUGGCAGGACCAGUGCAACGACGCCUCCGACAUGCCCGACGGCGUCCUGACCAUGAUCGAGGGACUGCGCACGGCCGUCACCAUCACACCCCUGCCCUCUCCCUCCCCGUCACGGCACAGUAUGCAGAACAUGACCACUCCUCCGGCCCCCCCUCUGAAGGCUCAGACCAGUCCUCUGGCAAACAUGUUCACCCAGCAGAACGACAUUACCACUGUAACCAGCAUGACCAACAACAGCAUAGACAACGGGAGCAGCGAGGAGAACAACCUUGCCAGGUGUGUGUCCGUCGCCACGGGCCUCAACAACAUAGUGAAGAGGCAGCGGGUGCGCACCAUCUUCCCCCACACUGCCGGCAACAACAACACACUGCUGAGCUUCGACGAGGGAGACGUCAUCGCCCUGCUCAUCCCCGACGAGAGAGACGGGUGGAUGUACGGCGAGCUGGAGAAGAAUGGAAAGAGGGGCUGGUUCCCUUCAUCUUACUGCCGUGCUCUCUCCGAGCCUCUCGCGAAUAACAACAGUGUGUCCGCGGCCCCGUACCGCAGUAGAAGUGUGGUCAACCUCCACCAUCAGGACACGGAGACGGACGAGGCGACCAUGGUGCUCCCCCCGGAGGACUACUCUGACAUCCAGCAGCGCAACGCCAUCAAGAACAACACCGUCACCGUCACCACCAACAACAACCACCAGCACUCCCCGACGCCCUCCGCGGCCUCCUCCUCCUCCUCGUCUGAUCACCACACGGCGGCGCAGCCCAACGGCACCUCAAGACCCGGACCUGCUUACCUCGCGGGAGGGAACCCAUUCUCCACAGUCCGGCUACGUCCAACCCUCACCAACGACCGCUCGGCUCCGGUCAUCUGAUCGGUGCACAUUUAACGCACAACCCACAACUUCUUGUCAACCCUUCCUGUGUCAUCUACCGGAGAAGUGCAGCUCUGCCCUGCUUUUACUGUCCAGCAGCGUCUACUGAUCUGGAAUCAGACAGAACUUGGCCACUUGGCACUGAGACAUAAAAAAAAAAAAUGCCAUUUAAAUCUUGGAUCCACUCUCUGCUCCAAACUCUCCCAUGGAAGUAUUUUGGGACCGUUUUAUUUUACAAAACAGAUGUUCACAUAUUUAAGAUAUAUAUAUAUAUAUUUUCUAUUUUGUCCCUCUGUUUGUGGUGUUGAUGUUUAAAGGACCACAUUCUUGUCUGCACUUGAGAAAUGGAUGAAUGAAAACGGUCAAAGGAAAUACUGCAACGUAUCUAUGCUGUUGAUGUGGCUUGUUCGUCAUCAAAAAGACUGUUAGAAAUGGUUUUCUGUUGCCAUAGGACAGUAAAAGAACGUACUUUAGAGGACCUCUGCAUUUCCCCUUCAGGUCCUUGUUAAAAUGUUACAUCUUAGUGUCGAUGCUGUGAUGUCGACUGCUGCCGCGAGGGGAGAAAAAUCACUUCAAAGAGAUGCCUCUAAAAAUCUCUAGUCCCUCUUGUAUAUAAAACUGUACAACAGAUGCUAUAAAUAUCGUCCUUUGCCAUCUAGACAGGACUUUUGCCUUAAUGACACAUACAUAACUACUGUCAAAAAAUAUCAUUUACCUGUGGUGUUCUUCACAUCAUCUUCACAUUAGCAGUGCAGUCAUUUCUGCUUUAAUCAUUGCACAUGGCAUUUUAAGACCAACGUCUGUAGACUUGUUUUUGGCCGACAUUACAACCUUAAAA